AUGUACCUGAGAACACCAGACCCGACCAGACUCAUUGAACUGAGCGAGACCCCACUUCAAGCCUCUUCCAGCAGAGAGUUGAGUGAGCAUCACAUCUUGACUUCGAGACAGUCCGAGGGUGCACAUUUCAAGAUGGCUGCCCGGCAAGACCAAAUAAACCUCGACACCCUCAGCGCACAGCAGCUCACUGCUGUCAAGAAGCAGCUCGACGAGGAGGUAGAGCACCUGACCUCCUCAUACUCGCAGCUCCAUGCCGCGUUAGGAAAGUUCAGGGACUGCCUGAGGUGUGUCCAGCAGCAAGGAGCCUCGGCGUCUUCCGGAAGAGAUGCGAAGAAGAACGUCCUCGUACCGUUGACCAACUCUCUAUACGUCGGCGGUCAGCUGACGAAUCCUGACCGGGUUCUUGUUGACAUUGGCACUGGCUUCUAUAUCGAAAAGGACACCAAGAGCGCAGCGACGUUCUAUGAGGAGAAGAUCAAAGAGCUAGGCGGAAACGUCUCAGACCUUGAAAAGAUUGUCCAGGGAAAGACGCAGAAUCUUCGAGUCGUCGAGGAAGUGUUGCGGCAAAAGGUCCUUGCGGAGAACGCCAAAUAG